AUGGCGUCCCGGGUGUCUGUGCUUCUGGGGUCUUCGGUGGUGGCCUUGUUCUCUGUUGUCCCGCUCCCCCUGCAGAUCUUGGGAAAUGUUUCCGAGUUCCAGCGAGUCGUCAACGUACUGCAGGAAGGGGUGGAUUUUGAUAUUGAUGUCAACGCGUCUGUCUUUGAAACUAACAUUCGAGUGGUGGGUGGUCUCCUCUCUGCUCACUUGCUGUCGAAGAAGGCUGGUGUCGAAGUAGAAGUGGGCUGGCCGUGCUCUGGACCUCUCCUCAGGAUGGCAGAGGAAGCAGCUCGCAAGCUCCUGCCGGCUUUUCAGACCCCAACUGGGAUGCCAUAUGGAACAGUGAACUUGCUGCAUGGAGUAAACCCUGGGGAGACCCCAGUUACCUGUACUGCUGGAAUUGGUACAUUUAUAGUGGAAUUUGCCACUUUGAGCCACCUGACUGGUGACCCAGUGUUCGAGGAUGUUGCCAGGAAGGCUUUGAAGGCACUAUGGAAAAAUCGCUCAGAUAUUGGGCUGGUUGGUAACCACAUUGAUGUGAUAACUGCCAAGUGGGUGGCCCAGGAUGCUGGCAUUGGGGCAGGAGUGGACUCCUACUUUGAAUACCUUGUGAAAGGAGCCAUUCUCCUGCAGGACAAGGAGCUGAUGUCCAUGUUUCUAGAAUAUAACAAAGCUAUCAAAAAUUACACAAAGUUUGAUGACUGGUACCUCUGGGUUCAGAUGUACAAAGGAACAGUGUCCAUGCCUGUUUUUCAGUCCCUGGAGGCCUACUGGCCAGGCCUACAGAGCCUAAUUGGGGAUGUAGAUAAUGCCAUGCGAACCUUCCUCAACUAUUACACUGUCUGGAAGCAGUUUGGUGGGCUGCCUGAGUUCUACAACAUUCCCCAGGGCUAUACGGUGGACAAGAGAGAAGGAUAUCCACUCCGGCCUGAGCUGAUUGAGAGUGCAAUGUAUCUGUACCGUGCUACAAGAGAUCCCACUCUCUUAGAACUGGGAAGAGACGCAGUGGAGUCAAUAGAGAAAAUCAGCAGGGUGGACUGUGGAUUUGCAACUAUCAAAGACUUGAGAGAUCACAGACUGGAUAAUCGCAUGGAAUCCUUCUUUUUGGCUGAAACAGUAAAAUACUUGUACCUGCUGUUUGACCCAGACAACUUCAUUCACAAUGAUGGUUCGGUCUUUGAUGUGGUGAUUACGCCAUAUGGGGAAUGUGUCUUGAACGCCGGAGGAUAUGUCUUCAACACUGAAGCUCACCCUAUAGACCCUGCUGCGCUGCACUGCUGUAGGAAGCGUAAGGAAGAGCAGUGGGAAGUGGAAGACUUGCUGCGGGAAUUUUACUCACUGAAGAAGAACAAAAAAUUCACUUUAAAAAGAGCUUCUGACCAUGGUGAAGAGGAAAGUGCAAAAGAUGCCUCUUCAGGAAAAGGUGGAGAGAGGAGAAACUCCAAGAAGAGCUCACACUCCCUCCUGAGCUGCCCCAGUCAGUCCUUUAACUCUAAACUUGCGGUACUGGGACAGGUCUUCCUGGAUAACACCUGAUUCUAUUUUCAUUAUCAGUUUAAAUUAUUGAUUCAGACUCUGGGAAUAUAUUUUUAUAGUUUCAUAACGGAAAAAGUCAUACCUCGCAAUGUGAAUUGUAUUAUGAAGCGAAACAGCUUCCCAUUAAAUUCUGCUACUGCUGGUUCAUAAAAUACAAUUCAGGUAUCGGCUGUUAAUGCUGCAGAGUUGCCAAUCCCAAACUGAUGGGUUGCCUGAGUAGCAGGUAGGUGUUCAGAAAGAGAAAGAAGAGUAUACAGGUUAGAGGUACCUUGUGAGUUUAUUCCAAAGUUUUACAGGCUUAUGCAGAGUCCACAGCUUGCUUUGCUCUGAAAAUGAGCCUGAGCGGUUCCCUGUCAUAAGGAGAAAAGCAUGGAUCGCUUCACGCUUCACUUCUGAGGCUACAAGUCUUCUCUCCUCUUUUAUCUUUGGCCUCUUUACGAAUGUGCGCUUAGCCGGACAGAUUGAUGAUCGGUUGGGAAAACUGUUUGAUUUUGUGGCGGAGGCUCGGGUUUGUAGGUCUAGUGUGUCUGUCAAGCAUGAAGGAUGGCAUGGGGUGAGGAGAGCAGCUGCAACACAGAAAAUUGCUUGGUUCCUCUGUAUGUGGAGCCAGUGUGGGCUGAAACCGGUUUAGUAAGCGUCCAGGUAAUGUCAAACUGAGGUGGAGUGUGGACUAGUGAAGGUUUGAUUUACCCUGCAAUGGAGCUUGCUUCCUUCUUACAGCAUCUAACAUGCUUUUCCUAUGAAAUUUCCCCAUUUCCUUCCUCUUUUAAACUUCCCUUUGGGGCCUCACUUGCAUAAGUCCGCAUCAGCCACCUCAGUCAGUCAGUGAAGCUGGCUUCAGGGAGGACCAGCUGAGCUGCAUGUGUAGUGUGCGUAAGGGCGGGAUGGAAGGGGACUUGGUUCAGACUGAAAUGCAACUCUGCUUUGGUGCAGCAGACAGCUGAAGAGAUGUUCACAAGCCGCUCCCUGCAGCAGCCGGUGGGAGAGCUCCUGAGCCUUCCUCUGGUGGAAACCAGGCUGCAUUUCUUUUUCUUAACAGGUGAAAGGCAUGAAACCUCUUGACGUUCAGCUGACUUUACAAAUCCAAACCUUUUAAUGUGUUAUUAGUGUCUUUUUGAUAGGAGCAUGCAAUGAUCAGAAAGAGAAAUCAGUAGCGUUCUACAAAGAGUUUUUUAAAGAAAAUGGGGGUGAGGGGUAGAAAA